AGAUUCGUCGUUCUCUAGGCCCCCACCGUGAUUCGUCCUGGCUCGAGAGUCUUCAGAGAGGAUGCUCACGCGAAGAAUCAGCUCCUAAUCCUUAUCCGGGAUUCAAAGCAGAGCACGAGGAGCCAUAAAUCGAUCCUGCAGAUCAGAGCGGAAUGCAUGCGGUAUUCCGUGUAAAACGUCGUCUAGACGAGAAACAAUUGACUGGAGUUCGAAUAGCGAAGCGUCAACGUCUCGGGACCGAGGAUCCUAUCAUUUUGACAUAUGCCGGCACCACGAGCGAAACAGAUUCGGGAGCCGUGUUAUCCGUCAUCAAGUCACACCAGGAACAGGGCCGUGAUGUAAUCCCCGUGGAAAAUGGCGUCGAUGGAGAGUCUGGCGAUGAGGAAAUCCCGACGGCCGCUUCAGCGGAUCUACCGGUCGCCGCCGAGGUCGGCGCCGUAUCAUCGAAUCGUGAAGAUAUCGAUGAGAUCUUCAGAAUUUUCGACGCGUGUCAAACGAACAUCGCAAACCCGAAAGAGACGAUUGAGGGCAAAGAUCCGCGGAAUGAUCCAGUAGACGAAGACAACUCGGAAUUCGUUUAUGACAUUUACUAUCUGCACCAAGAUCCGUCUUCUCGCGGCCGAAAAAUGAACUUGGACUACGACGAGCAGAAUUUCAGGCUAGAGCGAUGGAACCCUGAAAACGAAGAGCUGGUCAACGAGGGACAUGAAGCAGCUGAAGAUUACGACGACGAAGAUAGUAAUGCCGAAGAUAAUCCCAAUAACGAUUACCCAGACGAGGAGGAUAGGUACUCUGACAACGGUGGAGAAGUUCCCCAUUCACUCGAGGACGACGAUUACUAUUCUUAUGAGGGAUACAACCAUAUGUCUGUGAUUGAGCAACGAUUACAAGAGUUGGAUUUUUUCGGAGCGGAUAGCGACAGUGAUUGAAGGUCAGACCAAGGGAACCCGCGCCCCCUUCCGUGCGCAGAUACCAACGUCACCGAGGAUCCUCUU